AUUCAAUUUUACCUAUUUGCACCGAGAGCUAAAAAUUCCAUAAAUCAGUCAAAAGCGGUUGAAACCUACUUUAGAAUAUCAACAUGUACUUUAUUUUAUCGUCUUAGCCUUAAUCUGGGCUUGAAAUUAGGAAGUAAAAUUCUCUCGUUGCAAAAGUUUUCUAGAGACUCUGUCAAAAAAGAUCGAAAUACUUUCUCUUGGUUUUUAAAGUUUGUAAUGAACUUCAUGAGUUCAAAUAAAGUGAAUUACAUGUUGAUAUUUUGAAGAAGGUUUGAAUGCAGUAGGUUUUGAAUUUUAUUUUGCAAAAAAACAUUGCCACAAGAUUCACGAUGGUCGGACCAUUAUAUUUCAAUAGGUUUUGAGGUUUCCAGACCAAAGCAUUGAGUAAUCCUAGGACUUUGCGGGUGCCUGUAGCUACCGAAGUAUGGCAAAUGAAGAUGUCGCCUAGAUCCCGUUUUGUAGAGAGCAAUUUCUUCUAUCUAAUGAUGUAAAAAAGCCAAUAGUUUAGUAUUUCAAAUUUUGCCGUUAUGCACGAGUUUUCUAGUGAUCCGUUCGAAAACCGUUUUUUGUAAACUUUUCGAAAAGCUUUUUGCUGGCGAGAAGAUGCUCCAUGAACUGCUCUUUCCAUAUCUGAAAAACCUCCACUCUGGCUCUUUCUGUUUGUGAGUUAUUAAAAGAAUGGUCAUGGGUUAUUCUUCUUUUGGAUGAACAAUAGUUAUCGAAAAUGUAGCCUGUUUUACGGUACACAACAAGUUCGAAGUGGUUUCAAAUUAAUAAGGCUUCACCUAAAGUAGUUGCUAUAAACUCGAAAAUGUUUCUAACUUGGGAAAGCAACGGAAUGAUCAAUAGCUUUUAAAAUUCCAGUCACGCCAAUUUGUAGAGCUUGUUAAGUUAUUGACUGAUAUAAUAAUCAUUCUGGACAAUGAUGAGUUUAAGGGUACUUUUCAGGUAAUCAAAGUUUGCACUAUCCUACACAAAUAGUAAUAGUAAUAGAAGAAGCAAACAGAACCGUAGCCAUCUGGCUUAAAUCCAAAGCAUUUUACAUACUAUGUAGGCUAGAGUAUGGAAUAAUAGUACUAGAAUUGCAUAAUAUUUUCCAGCUAAUGUAAUGAGGAUAUGUAUACCUAAAGAAUAGGUUCAGCUGUCUCGCGUAGACAUAGUAUGAAUGCGAACCAACCGUAACGCUGUUCUUUCGGGUUUUUUAUUUUUUUAUUUUUCGUUCAUUGAAAUGUACAACUAAUGUUCAAGUAAUGAAUUAUAAUUUGAAUAAUUUCUUCAAAAAAUUUAAUUAAUUGAUUGAGUUUUCAUUUUUAGCUUCAGUGUAUAAAUUUUCUGGCGUUAGAUUACAUUUUUGUUGAAUUUUUUGAAAAAGUGCAAUGCCAUAGUUGCAGGAUUCGUUUUUACUCUUUUAGAUGAAUAAUAUUCAUAAAAAGGCGCUGUUUUUAUUGACAAAUAUUAUUUGUUUACUAUUAAGUAUAUUUAAAUGCACAACAAUACAAGAAAUGUUUCAUUACACUUAUAUAUUGAGAGCAGUUGUUUACUUAAAACGUUCUUGAAGAGAAAACUCCGAGAUCUCGAAUAUGUAUCGAAAAUAAAUGUUUGGAAGUUGAUUUUUGCAGUUCGUCUGCAAAGAUCAAGUUCGUGUGUUCGAUCCUAGUUUCGUGCAUCGAUUGAUUUUGUGAUUUGAUAGUUUAAGUUUCAGAAUGAUAUAAUGGGAAUUUAUAUUCUCGAUUUCGUUCUGGUUCAAGAUUAAAGCUUAAACCAAAUAAAUGUUUUCUUUUCUUAGGUGUUGGUCAUUUUAUUGUUCAAAUUUGUAAAAUUUGGGGUGCCAAAACCAUCAUAACAUCAGCCUCGAAAGACGACGGUAUUAAAUUGUUAAAGGAAACCUAUAAAUGUGAUCAUGUCUUGAAUCAUGCCAAAUCAAAUGUCGUUGAUGAAGUGAAGAAACUUACGAACAACCUGGGUGCUGAUAUCGUCUACGACGCCACAUAUCUCCCGUCAAGCUUUGAGAAAUCUAUUCAAUGUACGGCUGAAAAUGGUGGUAGUUGGAUUGUUUUGGGUGAUUUUGCUCAUAAAGGUAGCGUUGAAGCUGAAGCACUUGAAAAACGACAUGUUGAAUUAAUUCAUGCUGAUCUUGCGAAGUAUAUCUUUAAUCCGGAAUAUCAAGCAACAGAUUUCGUUCAUCAAGGACUGAAACAAGCAGCUGAUUGGAUUGUUAGUGGACAAUUGAAACCACAUAUUAGUGAAGUAGUUCAACUUGAACAAGUAGAACAAGCAUUAGAAAAAUUGAAAAAAGGACAAACUGGUUUUGGAAAAGUGGUAGCCAAAAUACAUUAA